CCAUUGAAAACGUCACCGUUUCUUCUGCCAGAGAUCCACCUGAAAUGUGAGGUUUCUUCUGAUUGUUACCCCCCUCUCUCUCUCUUUCAAGCUCGAAACUUCUUCCAUUUUUGCUUUCUGGAUGCGUUAAUUGUUAUUUGAAAGUCACAAGCAAUGGUGAAGGACACUGCGUACUAUGACAUAUUAGGUGUGAACGUUGAUGCAUCUGCUGCAGAUAUCAAGAAGGCUUAUUAUGUCAAGGCAAGAAUUGUUCACCCUGAUAAGAAUCCAGGGGAUCCUCAGGCCGCAGAAAAUUUUCAGAAACUUGGUGAGGCUUACCAGGUUUUAAGUGACCCCGGGAAGCGUGAAGCAUAUGAUAAAAAUGGAAAGGAGGGAGUAGUACAAGAUAACAUGAUGGACCCUACCGCUGUAUUUGGAAUGAUUUUCGGAAGUGAAGUUUUUGAAGAAUAUAUUGGGAAACUUGCACUGGCUUCUUUAGCAUCUAUAGAAAUUGAUGAAGACAUACAGGACCCUGAAGCUCAGAGGCAAAAAAUUCAAGAAAAGAUGAAAGCAUGGCAGAAGGAAAGAGAGCAGAAGCUUUCAGCAAUUCUGAUAGACCGGCUGCAACUAUCGGUUGUUGGUCAAGAAGAGGAAUUUACUGCAUGGGCAAAGUCAGAAGCUCGUACCCUUUCUAAAGCCGCUUUUGGUGAGGCCAUGCUACAUACAAUUGGUUACAUCUACACACGAAAAUCUGCAAGAGAACUUGGCAAGGAUUUACGGUACAUGAAUGUUCCCUUUUUGGCUGAGUGGGUUCGAGAUAAAGGACACCGUAUUAAGUCACAAGUAACAGCAGCUUCAGGAGCUGUGUCCCUAAUUCAAAUACAAGAAGAGCUCAAGAAACUAAACCAAGGAGAAAACAAGGAAGAAAGCAUAAUCAAAGCUAUUGAAGAUAAGAAGGAUGCCAUGGUUAAUUCUCUAUGGCAGAUCAAUGUGAUUGAUAUUGAAUCAACUCUGUCACAUGUUUGCCAAGCAGUUCUUAAAGAUCCUAGUGCCUCCAAAGAUGUUCUGAAGGCUCGGGCCAAAGCAUUGAAAAAGUUAGGAAGCAUCUUUCAAGAAACAAGCGGAAUGCUGAAGGGGUAGAGGCAUCGGGGGUUAUUUGUGAUGGCAAGGGUGUUAAGGCUCCUUAUAGCAGAGAAAACAGCCUACGCAAAGAAAAUGGCAAAGUAGUAGAUGCUCCUUCCUCCUCGUCGUAGUCAUCUUGUUCAGUUUGUUUGAUAUGGUUAUGUGCUGAGUAGUAUUCUACUAUUCUUGUGGCCUUCUGGUUCUCUGGAUUUUGAACACUGUUUGAUGCAGUGCUUCAUUGCUGUUGAUAGUCAUGCUAUGUAAUAUUGCUUGAACUCAUGGAUUGGACUAACCUGCCAUAAUUACACACUUGUAUUUAAUAAUUAUCUUCUAGUGAUUAUUGAUUUCA